CACCUUUGUAAAUAUAGGGGAAGUCUGUCCUGGAUUUCUGUUGUUACCAGUUUCGAAGUGAAUUAUAUCCGAUUAUUCCAUCCGUUUAACCUUUAAUUGUGCAGGAUGAGCGCACAGCAGAUUCUGAAAGUGUUCGUCACGAGACGCAUUCCCCAGGAGGGCAUGAAAAUACUCCAAAAAUCCGGCCUGUGUAAUUUGUCAGUGUGGGACUCUGAUGAGCCUGUGCCCCGGGCAGAACUUCUGAAGGGGGUGGCAGGUGCUCACGGGAUUCUCUGUUUACUCUCAGACAAAAUUGAUACUGAGGUCUUGGAUGCUGCUGGUCCCAACUUGAAAGUGAUCAGCACAUUCUCUGUUGGAUUUGACCACCUUGCUAUAGAUGAGAUAAAGAAACGAGGUAUAAGAGUAGGCUACACUCCUGAUGUUUUGACGGAUGCUACUGCUGAGCUAACAGUGGCUCUGCUUUUGACCACUGCCCGACGUCUUCCCGAGGGUGUAGAAGAAGUGAAAAAUGGCGGCUGGAGUACAUGGAAGCCUCUGUGGCUGUGUGGUUAUGGUCUUUCGGGCAGUACUGUCGGGGUGAUUGGAUUGGGCCGCAUAGGUUUGGCCAUUGCAAGACGACUUAAGCCGUUUGGUGUGAAGAGACUGCUGUACACUGGCAGACAGCCCAAACCUCAGGCCCAAGAGGUUGAUGGGGAAUAUGUGCCAUUAGACAAUCUGGUGAGCGAGAGUGAUUUUGUGGUGGUGUCCUGUUCUUUGACUCCUGACACUCAGGGCCUUUGUGACAAAACCUUCUUCAGCAAGAUGAAGAAAACUUCAAUCUUUAUCAAUACCAGCAGAGGGGCAGUUGUGAAUCAAGAGGACUUGUUUGAAGCCCUCAGCAGUGGUCAGAUUGCAGCAGCAGGGCUUGACGUCACAACCCCUGAACCUCUGCCCACUGGACACCCACUUCUAACUCUUAAAAACUGUGUGGUCCUCCCUCACAUCGGAAGCGCUACCUACACCACACGUGGUGUCAUGAGUGAACUCACUGCAAACAACUUGCUGGCAGGCUUGACAGACUCUGAAAUGCCCAGUGAACUGAAAAUGUAGUGUUCUUGCUUGUGCCUUGUACCAACAGAAAAAAAAGUCAGUACUGUGACAUCUAACCAUUAAAUGCACUACAUGAACUUUAAUGAAAUUAAAGUGGAUUAUUAUUUCACCUGGAUAAUUUCUAUUAUAACUGGAAUAACAUGCUUUGAUACGUUUAUCUUGCUCAUUUGUUCUACUAUGGUGGUUCACAUUUGAAGUCAUUAAACCCAAAUUGUUGAUUAAAAACAUUGAAUUAAUUAUAUGGCUUUUAUUUAUGCAACAAUAAUAGAUUUAUCGUAACUCCUGUAUUUGGCAUCUCAUGGAGAAGCACAUUUCAAGUAGCCGAGUCACGUUUUCAAAACAUCAGGAAUUAAAUACAAUGUGAAUGACAUAGUUAUUAAAUAAUUUUAUUUUUUAAAAUGAAAUCAUUUAUAAUGCAUGUUCAGUUUUUACCCUUGCAACACUUCUGUUAUAUAACACUUCCGUUACGAGUGUAAGAAUUAAUCUAAAUGUACCACAGGGAUUUUUUUUUUAUAUUGAAGCAAAUCAUAUAAAUCUCUGCUCUAUGAUCCAAGUUCAAAUUGCAACUCUGUCAAAGCGAAUAACUGAUGAACAAUUUAUUGCUUAGACCUUAGUGAACAUGCCAACAUUCUGGUAGACAUCUCUUGUUUGCAAAUGAGAUAGGAUGAGAACAAAUUUAAGUACAUUCAAUUGCAACUAAUAAAAAAA